UUAUUAGAUAGUGGAGCUACUGGCCCAGUGCUAAGUAGUAAGUGGAUCAAGAGUACUCAAGCUCCUUGUGUACGGAGAAGAAUCCAGACUCCAAUACACGAUGCAAGUGGCAACCGCAUACCGGGAUCUGGUCUUCAUUAUACCAAGUCAUUGGAUCUGAAGAUAGGCGAUCACAUGAAUGGUAUGCGUUUCGAGGUAGCAGAUAUGGCCGACACUCGCGUCGACGGCUAUCUCCCAAUGUCGUGGUUAAAGGACCACAAUCCAGACAUCGAUUGGAAAGUAGGAUCACUGACCUGGCGCUCAGAUUUUUGUAAGGCGAAUUGCCUAACAAAGCAGAGGCGGUUAGUUUAUAUGAUGGACGAGGAACUGUUAGCCGAAGAUCCCGAAAAUGUAUAUUUUCUUGGGACGGUACAGUUCUCGGAUGAUAAAGGCGAAGAUGUCACAGUCCAACUUCUACCAGAGUAUAAGGACUUUGGUGACAUUUUCAGUCAAGAAAAUAUCGAUGCGUUACCGGAGCAUACAAAGUAUGAUCAUAGAAUUGAUUUGAUUCCGGGAAGUACUCCGCCCUUCGGGCCUAUCUAUCCACUAGCAGAGAAGGAGCGAAAGGCGCUC